UGUCUUGUGGUUCAACGUCUGAAACCGAAACAUUUGGAACGAUUACAACACUUUACCUCUCAAACGGGUACCAGUGAAACACUCGACUCGAAUAAAACAUCACGCACCACGGCCACAAACACGUUGACGACGAGCGGUGGUUUUGGUACUUCGACGGAGAAACCACCACCGCCGCCACCACCAAGCGGACCAAUUGGGCCGGUUGAUCGACCAGUCGUACUAGCACACAGCCCACGACGUUUGAGCAAUUCAAACUGCUACGCUUCCAGUGAACGUACACUUUUGACAUGGUUGAACCAGGCAUACGAACAUGCACGCAAUCGAGACUCGUGGGCGAUGGGGACCGGAGCGGGAUCGCUGGACGAGAGACGAGUGAUUAACUUUGACACGGACUUAUCUGACAGUGUGGUACUUGCUGCGAUUAUCGGUUUGCAUAUACCCGCGCUGAUUUCAUUGCAUCUGCACGAAUUGUAUCUCCGGCCAAGUACAAAGGAGCAAAAAUUGCACAACGCAAUCCACGUCGUUGCAGCCAUACGGACAGCACAUUUGGAUUUUGACAUUCGUCCGACAGACCUAACCAAUCCGCAUCCGAUCGCCAUGAUGCUGCUGUGCUUGCAUUUAUUCUAUCGUCUCCCGGAUUAUGUGGCUCAACAGACCAUCUUAUUUAAAGGACCAUUGCGUACCACAUGCAAACGCGUCAUCCAGCUGUCCAAUCCAACACACACUCCGCUCGUGUUUCACUGUUUCAUUCUUGGACGUGACCGGACGGAUUUCACGUGCCAUACAAUGAGAUCAGAUGCGAGGGCCCAUCGUGUGAAUGCGGCUGCUGAGCGAUCUCAACUCGACGACGGUCAUGUGACCUCUUCGGACGUACUGGUGGAUGUGACAGCGAAGAGUAAUACUCAGCUGUUGGUUGAGUACAGACCUCGGUUCUUACGGACCACGGAGGCCACAUUUUUCGCAGUCAGUAAUCGUUGUGGUGCAAUGCGCGGUCGUACACUGGUUUUCAAUCUUUCCGGCAAAACCAACGGGCUUGGCACACUGCCCAUCAGUGCGGUUUCGGCACCGUGUUACGAGCUCAAAGAACUAACCAUCCCGGUCCACAGUCCGUAUGCCCAAACGGCAAACUUUGCAGUCAACAUUUACGAGUCCACUGGUGAUGUGUUCAUUGCGAUGUGUCAGGCAAAAGGUUUAGAUUUACCGCCUGGUCGAGUUGCGCAUGAGGAUUGGAUGAAGGAUGAAGAACGUGCGGAUGAUGGAACGGACAGUCCGUCGGAAUACACGACUGAAGCAAACCGUACAGACAAGAGUCCAUUUGUGGGUGAGUAG